CACCACCCAACGGCAGGCUUUGUUGAGACUCGCGCCGCAGCGCGCUUCGUGGUUCGUUUGAAAGAAAAGGAGAUGGAAUGCAUACUGCCCUUUUUCGUCAAUAGGAUGGUAAUGGCAGAUCGGAAGUGAAUAAAAAUUUGUCGGAAUUAUCCGUUUAAAUUGAGGAGGUACGUGCAUUCUAUGUCAGUGUCUUGGUCUCAAGUUAGGACUCUUGUACGAAGCACGUACGGGAGAACGGGUCGUUUUCAGUGACAUGAGUUCACUCAAUAUUUGCCUGCAGUUAGCACAUGCUACACACCAAACAUGUGGGGAGAUGAUAAUGAUGAAGAUUUGCUGCGGGCAAUGGAAGAGUCCCGACGGAUGUACGAAGAAGUUGAAGUUCCCCGUCUGAGUCAGCAAAUUAGAGCACCAUCACCUAACCCAAUCAGAGAUGAUUCCAAAGCGGGUCCGAGCAGCAGUUAUGCUGAAGAACCAUUUAAGAGGCCUUAUCAAUCCACCCCAAAUCAAGUUGAGGAUGUGCCUGAGCAGGAGUUGUAUGAUGGCUCAGAGGCAGAGGGCUUCAACCUCAAGACAGGCCAGGUCUGGGUGUAUCCUACAAGUGAUAAAUACCCUGUGCGAACCUAUCAGCGUGAGAUUGUUGAAAAAGCUUUAUUCAGCAACACACUAGUCAGUCUCCCAACUGGUCUUGGUAAAACUUUCAUAGCUGCAGUGGUCAUGUAUAAUUAUUAUAUGUGGUACCCGAAAGGAAAAAUCAUUUUCAUGGCACCCACUAAACCUCUUGUGGCUCAACAGAUUGAAAACUGCAUAAAUAUUCUGGGUAUUCCUGAAUCAGACACUGCAGAAAUGACAGGAGCUUUGUCAAGCAAAAUGCGAGCAGUUAUGUGGAAGGAAAAGAGAGUAUUUUUCCUCACGCCACAAUGUGUCCAAAAUGAUUUAACUAGCAGUGUCUGCCCGGCCAAGGCAGUCAAAUGUGUUGUGAUUGACGAGGCACAUCGAGCACUUGGGGAUCACGCCUAUGCCCAGGUCAUCAGAAUAUUAAAUUCCUAUGAGGUCCGCUUUCGUGUUUUAGCUCUUUCUGCCACUCCUGGAAGUGAUUUAGAAGCUGUUCAAAAGGUUGUGACUAAUUUAAUGAUCAGUCACAUUGAGCUAAGGAGUGAAGACUCAGCAGACAUUGUUCCGUAUACACAUCAAAGAAAGCUUGAAUUAAUGGUGGUUGAUGUUGGACCAACAAUCUACAGAAUAAGAGCGAAAUUUAUUGGUAUUGCAACGGAAUAUGCAAAAAGUUUACAACAGCAACGACUUUUGUUUGGUAAUGUUGGCUCAAUGGCUCGCUUUAGUGUCCUCAAAGAGUGGGAAAACUUUCGCCAAGAAGGUGCCAGGGGAAUGGACCCAGCCCGCAGCAACAAAAUCAACACUGACUUUUCUCUUGUCCAUACAUUUGUUCAUGGGCUUGAGCUUUUACAAACCUAUGGUUUACGUCUUCUCCUCAAUCACAUAAAGGGUGCUCUAAAUAAAGGAGAUCUAGCUGCUAAUCGUCUUUCUGUCAAUGAUGAUCUGAAGGCAUUGAUUGACGAAAUAGAAUCGGUUCUGAACCCAGUUGAAAUUGAUGAUGAAGAAGGGGGCACCUCCAAGAAGAGAUUAGUUUAUGGACAUCCUAAGUUGGAUAGAUUACAAGAAAUUAUUGUAUCUCACUUUGAAAAUUUUGAGAGAAAGGGAGAAGCUACACGGACAAUAGUGUUUUGUGAGUAUCGAGAGGGUGUGAUGGAGAUUUGUGAGAUGCUAAAAAACUUUCAACCCCUUGUUAAACCUGUGGCAUUUAUGGGUCAAUCGGUUGGAAAAACAUCAAAAGGAAUCAGUCAAAAACAACAACUUGAGAUCAUGGAAAAAUUUAAAAAAGGCAUCUAUAACACCCUUGUCUCCACUAGUGUUGGAGAAGAAGGUUUGGACAUUGGAGAGGUUGAUUUGAUUAUUUGCUUUGAUGCCAAAAACUCACCUAUUCGGCAAGUCCAGAGAAUGGGUCGCACAGGACGCAAGAGACAAGGCAAAAUCAUUAUGCUUGUGACUCGUGGAAAAGAGGAAAUGAAAUACAAUCAAGGCUUGUUUAAAAAGAAAUCUGUUGGAUCUAUUCUGCUGAAUAGAGAAAAUCUAGCCAGUCAUUUGCUGGAAGAGUCUCCCCGCAUGCUUCCUCCAGGUAUUCAGCCAAAGUAUACCGAAAGGAAAGUAAUACCAGCCCCGAGCAAACCUAAAUCAAAUCAGCAGGACUUGCGUAAAAUGUUCCAAAAGCGUACUGCUGGAGGUGGCGCAGGAACAUCAAAGUCAUCUGUAGUUGUCAAACCACACAUUGGAAAGGUGGAUUUUCUCUCUGCAGAGGACUUUGCUGAAAUGAAACUUGUGUGGGAUAACAUUGAGGAUUGCUGUGUAUUUGAUAAAAUUCCCUUAAGGAAAGAGUUUUGGUCCAAAUCAGCAGAGGUCAUUGAAAACCAGCUACCAGAUCCAAGAAAUAUAGACCUUGCCACUUAUUUGGAAUUUAUGCGCUUUAAGCAGCGCACUCAUGUCAUUGGGAAUUCCUCUGAUUCUGUGCUACUCACCACUCUGUUAUCAUGGGCUGAUGAUAAGAGGGACAGCGAUCAGUCUGGAGGUUUUUCCUCUCAAAUAACAUCCACCCAACUGUGGCCUACAAAAUCAAAGAAGCGAGGCAGACCACCAACUUCAGAUGAUAAAUCUCCCAAUCCACCUAAAAAGAGAGGUCGUCCGAAGAAAGCCACAACCUGUAACUCUCCCUUCAAACCUAAGGAAGUCACUUCACCUGACAAUCCAUUGCCGCCUCCUAAUAAGCCUAAAAGCAAACCUCAGUUUAUUGAUGAUGAUGAAUUUAGCCCACAAGAUCCACCUCCAAUUCAAGGACCAUCAACUUCUGUAUUUUUGGCCCCUCUGCCACCUCCUCCAGUGUCGUCCAGACCAGCAGACACUAGCACCAAAUCGAGUAUUGUUGACAAAAGCUCAAUUGCUGUUGUUGAUGAAAUUAUAAUUGAUAGCGAUGAAGAUGAUGAUUUCAACCAGUCGUCUAGUGGAUUUGCUUACAUGUCUUCCCAAGCAAAUCGACAAGAUCUCUAUUCGGACCUGUCAAGAGCUCUGAAAAAUCAAGCUCCUGAUGAAGAUGAAGAUGGAUGCCUCAUUUGUGAUGCAUUUUUUCCUUGUAGUUCGUUAAACUCAUUUGUUCUUCAAAAGAAAGCCAAGGUUGAUGUUACAUGGGAAAGUAUGAGGAAAUCACUUGAGGAAGCUGUGAAACUUGUUCCCCAGUUGACUAAAGACGUGUUAUCGAAGUAUCACAAGCCUAUUCAAAGUCAAAGACUUGUUUCACUUACACCCAAGUACGAGUUUCCUGAUGAUGAAAUCUUUGAUGGCCUGCUGUGUGGUGGUGUGGGCGACUUGUCUUCCUAUAAUACAUCCAACACUCAUCACAAGCCUCGGACGUCCUCAGAAGUGAACCAGAGUGAUAUUAAAAUGGAGACGAUUGAAGAAGAGAACCUAAAACAGGAAACAACUGAUUUUCCAACAGUGGAAUAUAGUUCUAGCAGUGCUGUUCUUGCUUGCUCUACACCAAGGAAGGAGCAACAAGCCAAAGAGGAGAAACAUCAGUUUGAUCAAGACGACAGUUUUGACUUUUUAGGUUUGUCUCACAUUGAUGAUGUGUUUGUAUCUCAACAUGACAAAAAAUCAGAUGGACUUAAGUGGCUGGACAAAACUUCAAAAGACUCCAAUGUUGCAAAACCACUUCCUAUGAAAGCAUCAAAGUCACCAGAAAACAAUGAAAAUCAGUUUGUGUGUACUGCAAGUUUAAAGACUCCAAAGCUUUCACCAGUGAAGCCAAAGGAGUCUGUUAAAGAAGAAUGUGUUACCCCUUCCAAGAAGGACUCUGUGCCCAAUGAGCAAGUGUCUCCAAUCUUAGGUUCUCAAGCUAUGAAAAAACCACGACUUGGCCUUCGACUACGGAAACGGCAUUCUCUCAAUGAAAGUAUAAGCUCUAGAGAGCUUGAUGGUGUCAGUAAUACUCUGGAAAGAAAUCAAAGUGUUAAACGUGAGCCUGAAUGCACAGAUGAAGUUGUGACCUCUUCAUCCGAAAUAGUUCCAUCCCAGAAUUGUUUCAUCCCACCAAAAGGUGAUUUUGAUUUAUUUGAUGAUGAUUUUUUUAAGUUAUCAGGGCAGGAGAGCAGCAACAAAAGUGAAAUUGACGAUUCUUUGAAGGAAGCAAUUCUACAGAAAGCGAUGGAAGCUAAAGCUAAACCAGCUGAAGAGAACUUCACCCAGAAAAUGAAGAAAUUGUGUGAAACCUCAGAAUCACUAACUCAAUUCAUGGACAUGGCCGCAAGUGAAGAAAGAAGUAAUCAUGUUCAAAUUGUAAGAGCUGUUAGUUCUUCUCCAGAAUUUCGACCAAGCCCCACCCCAUCGCCUAGCCCUCGCACCAGCCCAAUCAUGGAUGGUGGCUUCAAUGAUGCCAUAUGCAUGAAUGAUGAUGGAGCUGCGAGUGAAGAGGACCUGUUUGCUGACUGCGAUGGUGACAGCCACGUUGACAGUUUUCUUUGUCGAAUUAAUAGCACAGAGUUUGCCUCUCAGAAGCAGCCAUCACAACAAAUUGCCAAGGAGGUUUCGCAAAGUCUGUUAUCUUUAAAAGAGGCCAACCCAACUUCCAGAAAUAUCCUUGACAGUGAUAAUGCAAAGCUACUAAAUGGAGAGAGAAAUGAUGUUAAGGAUGAAGCAGUUCCUAGCACUGAUCGAAGUCUAUCACCUGUUUUAAUACCAGUCCAAACUGUCCGCAAACCUUCAAAGCUCAGUCUAAAGAAAACAAAAACCGAGGUAUCUAAGUCAGUAACCGAACAACAAGUGAUUGAAGAUAGAGCAGUGUCAUUGAAAACAGAGACACCACCCAAGAAUUACGAAAGUGAAAUUAAGAAGCAGGUCAAAGAAAAGAAGCAACCUGAUAUGAAUUCAGAAAUAGAUUUUAGCACCUUUGGAGAUGAAUUUAACAACAGUUGGUUACUGUCUCAAGAAAAGGAGCUAGAAAAUGCUCAUACAAACAAUGCUCCUAGCAAAUGUGAUGAUAAUGUUAGUGAUUCCAUGAAAUGUUCUCAAGACCUAGUGAACCAGAAUGAGGUUGAGCUCUGCCAGAACUCGAGGUCUGUCAGGGACUGUUCUCCAGAAAAUGAGCUGGAUGUGGCGUUUGCAAAGUUAAAAGCCGCCCAGAAAAGACUGAGGGAUUCUUUUGAGGGAUCAGUAUCAACUUCCAAUGGGCCAUCAGGUGCAAGCAGUUGGUUUCAGACGCGCCAAAACGACACGCCGUUCUCCUCCAAAAUUCAACCAAGCAGCAGUAAACUGAGCAGGGGAAAGAAACUGUCCAGAACUGCUAACAUAUCCUCUGUAGCUAAAAAUAAGCCAAUGUUUUCUAGUCCAAGUAAGAGUGGUUGGCUCUCAACCAAAAAUACUAAAGCAGUCAAUAAUGUAAUAAGUCCUAAAGAUGAUUCAACUGAAAAGUCGAAAUUGAACCUGUCUGAUUUCUGUGAUGAUUCUCUGUUGGAUGUGUUUGAAAUGCCAACCAUCCCCACAACAGAGAACCCCAAAACAUCAUUCAAAGAGUAUAAGGAAGCAAAGGGGGAUGAAGAUGUUGUAGUAGUGCUUUCCUCAGAUGAUGAGACUGUGAUACCUGGUAAGAAGAAGGGGAAGAAUUGUGUUCUUGAUCUUACUUCAUCUUCUGAAGAAGGCUUAUUACUGAAGCACACAGAUUUUGCUGUUGAUGGGACAACUAUUGACUCUCCUUUGGUGAAGAAAAGAAAUGGAGAUUUUCUAGACACCUCUUCGUCCUCCUACAACUUUAUUAAAAAACCGAGAAGCACUAAGAGUCUGAGGGCAGCUGGAGUGCCUUCUGACUCUUCAAAUAUAGUUAAAACACUUGAUCUAUCUAAUUUCUGUGAUGAAUCUCUGUUAAGCAAUCUUGAUGAAUCAUCUUCAGCAAAUGUGAUAAAAGGAGCACCUUCAAGAAGGAGACAAGAUUUUUUGAGUAGUUCUGAAGAAGAAGAUUUUGUGAGAAAAGAUAAAAAAGUGUUGAAGGUGAAAAAAAAGGAGGCAAAGAAGGUCAAGAAGUCCAAAAAGGCAAAUGGGUUCAUAGUGAGUGAAGCUGUUGAGUCUGAUGAUGGCAAGCACAACUCCAGUGAUGGCGAGUCUACUAGCUUAGAUGAACUGGAUUCCAGUUUUAUAAAUGACUCUCAGCCUGAAGCAUCUCAGUCAGUAGUGGACAUCCAUGCCAAAUACCUUCAAUCUGUGAAGAGCCCAGGCACAGGACUGGGUAGAUUCAAAAUUCCAAAUCGUCUACCGGAAAUGGAUAUGGAUAAUGUUUAUUCCCAGUACCCUGAUGCAGAUGAGCUGGAACAGACCUAUGCUGAUGAUUCCUUCUGCGUCGACGAUGAGCCAACACAAUACGAGCCUGAGAUGUCUCUUCUAGAGCUUGCUGAGGCUCGUCUCAAAGCUGAAAGAAAGGAGAAGCGCAGACUGAAAAAAGCUCUGAAAAAUGGGGAUACUGCUCCAAAGAGGGUUAGGGCUCUGGAAAGCGAUGAAAGUGAGGAGGAAAUUCAAGUGAAAAAGAAGAGGAAACGGAUUUGUGUUUUGGAGGAAACUAUGUGUGAGAGAGAAGUUACUCCUGUGAAAGCACUAUUACCAUCUGUUAAACCGGACAAAACCACAGAAUCGAAAGUAGUAACCACAAUGUCUGUUGUGGAAGAUACAAAAAAUUCCAAAGUUAAAGAAAUUGAUGACUCAGACCUGGCAUCCUUAUUCAAUGAUGAUUUCGAUUUUGAUUCUAUUCCUGAUCCAACUCCUGCUGUGACAACAAAGCCGCCUCCGCAAGCACAGCCGAGCAGCUUCAAGUUUGUGAAGAAAACUCCCUUUUUACAGAGUGGUGGCUCCACUGUCAAAGCUAUUCCUCAUAAUGGAUGGAAGAUGUCUGGUGACUGUUCGAAUUUGACUAACAAUUUGGCUUCAACUUCGAGACAAGCUGCUGUUUCCAACACUACUUCCUACGUUCCUAAAGGAUCUCACAAUGCCCCUGAUGUUGUGCAGAAGCCUGUUAGCAGUGCCAUUGUGGCUCCUAGUGAAAAUAAGUCAAAACCCACUGGAAUGAUGAUGAAAGUUUUCAUUAUUGCCUCAUCACGACAAAUAGCUACGUCACCAGAUCUAUUGAGAGUGUUGAGGGUGAAUUAUCAAAUAACCCUCGUUCCAUGCGCAGUGCAAGAUGCCGACUUCAUUGUCAGCUGGAGACUUGGCGUGUGUCGCAUUUUAUCUUCAGAUUUAAAAGAUAGGAAAAAGCUGGAAGAGCUAGUAAAGAAGUUAAAAUUGUCUUUUGGGAAGCCUCACCUGAUUGUGGAGAAUGAUCGCAUAAAGUCAUUAGCCACGUCUGGGUAUGCUAAGAAGGGUAAAAAAGGCAAAGUACCUAUUCCUGCUGAGCAGUCUCCUCAGACUUUGUCACCCUGGAGUGCAAACAUCGGCUGUGGGAAUGCUGCGCUCUUGAGGCAAGCCGGUGUUCAGCUUUUGUUUUCUCAAAACUUUGAUGAAACAGCAAGAUUUUUGGCAAAGUUGGGAAUGAAGGAAACCAAAGCUGGCCAUGGUAUCCCUGAAAUAGCUUACAAUUUACCAGAUGAACUGGAAACCAGACUUGAGUUCUUCUGCUCUCUACCUUGUGUCAACUAUGCUUUUGCAUUGAAGCUUCUUGGAAACUUUGCUACACUAUCAGAAUUUUUUAGCAGGUGCUCUACAGUUCUCAACAUAGUUAAUAACUUGGGAGUGGACAUAAAUGCAGCAAAAAGAAUAUUUAGUGUGAUUUCUGAAGCUCAUUUGUGAUUGGCAUUAAUUUUCUCUGGCUGUGACUUGUGAAUUUCCUCUUUGUAAUUUUGAGACUGUGAUGUAAAGGAUUAUAUCUUUGCAAAUGUAUGACUAAGGCAUAAGACAUGACAUGUGGAGCUUUUCCUCGUUAUUCCUUGCUUUACUUCUCAUGCACAAAAAUUUCCUUAUUGUGGGGAUGUUUGGAACUGAUUCUUCCAUUUUACUGUAUUAUAUUGACUGUGAUCCCGUAGAUUUCUCUAAAUACUGUAUGUGCUGGGAAGGAAAACUUCAGAAUCUUGUCAGAAGUUAUUUAAUUUAAAUAGUAAAUGCCAAGGGUUUUUUAAAAACAGAAACAGUAUGUGUAGAAGGUGUUUAUUUUAAGAAUUUGUGUCAUCUUUCACAGUUUAUUUAUUUUCUUCUAAAUUUCUUAUUGUUUGUUCUUUACUGUGAGUGCAAAGUCAGUAACAUUUGAGUUAAUUUUUAGUGUCAUUUCACUUUUUGUUAAGUUAUAUUGUUUGUACUGUAUUUUUAUGUUUUUUUGUGCUAGAAUGUUGUUCUAACACCAGUGUUUUGCUCAGGAAAUAGUCGUUUGUUCUUGAUUUAUGUUCUUCCUCCAGCAGCUUGUUAAUGAAGCUGCAAUCUAGUAACUAAUCUGAAAAAUGCCUUGUGCAUUUCCUUCUGUGAUAUAAAGAUAAAUUUUAAUUAAAAUAAAAAUCUCUAUUCUGGGAUGGAGUUUUCUGUCAUACUUUCCCAAAUAAAACAUAUUUCUUGAUCUACUCUCUUCA